AAUUUUGACGUCAUACUCCCGCUGUCUGCUGUUGUGAAAGGGGAGAUCACUGAGCUCUUACCGAAUUUGCCUGGAAACGUUCUAUCUUCCAAUUUCUUCCUCUCUGACUGCACCAGAAACUUAAUUGUGACUUGGAAAAUGGCUUUCAUGAUGCCAGUUAUGAAAAAUGACUACAAUAUCUACGCCAGUAGAUCUCGCACGAGCAGCGCGAAUUCGACGAAUUCCAGCCGACGGCACACGCAGAGCGAGUCUGCGCCUGUUAGUCUAUCGUGUUCGCCGGGAUCUGAUGUGGAAGAACGGUUAGCAGCCAUCUCCCUGGGAUGUUCCCCUAGAAGGGGGAGCCGCAUGUGCGAUAUUCCAGCAUCCAAAUCCGCCUCCCAAAACUCCCUCCACAAAUUUCACAACAAAGUUGUGGAAAAACUAAGGAGGAAAUUGCGUUCUAAGGACGACGAUGUGUCUUCAUCGAGCAAAAGCCAGGUCGCUCACGCAUCCUGAUGUUAGGGAAGCUUUUACAGCGAUUCGUUUUAGUUAAAACAAUGAACUUAAACGACUGGUGGAGUACGGAAUAAUUCCUAUGUACAUAAUCAUCAUCGCUCAUAUAUAGUUUUCACAUUUAUCUGACUCGCUGGAAGAACUAUAUUGACUGUUCGAGAAAUUUCCGUUCUAGUGAAAUGGCUCUGAACUUUAAGUUAUUGUGUUUUAAAUUCGUGAAACAUUGCUAAGGAUAUUUAUUUAUCAUCGUUAUUUAAGUCUUGCUGAAGCUAAUGUAAGUCACAAAUUCAUUUUUAUCCGAAUUACACUGUUAUCCUGCUAUGAUAUGUGAACUGCAUGCUGAAAUUUGUCAAUAAUCCAUGUUUCAUUUCGUAUAAAAACUUGUCGCUCUGUGAGUAUUUCAGGAUGAAUAAUGAACUUUUCACAAAAAUUGAUAUUAUUGUCUGCCAUGAAUAUAAAUUUUCUUAUGUUAAUCCAACAGCUAUACCAUGUAGAUUUCAGGAAAGAUGAAUUUAUUAACUUUUGUUUGAAAUCGAUAUAAUCGCUUGCCAUGAAUAUAAAUUUUCUUAUGCUAACUCAAUAGCUACUCAUUAGUAUAUCAUGCAGAUUUCAGGAAAGAUGAAUUAAUCAACUUUUCAUUGAAAUCGAUAUAAUUGCUUGCCAUGGAUGUAAAUUUUCUUAUGUUAACUUAUAUGGAAUUUUCCAGUUUGACUUGAUGAAGUUGAACAUAUUUUACAUUGUAAAAUCAUAUUUAUAUUCUUUAUGUUAAAGAAUCGAUCAAAAUCAGAGUGCUGACACGUGCCAUUUGGUAUGCAUUACUCUAGAUCCGUUUUGUAUAGUAUGAAAUCUAUAACUUGUAUGACAGUAUGAAAUUUAGAUAUGUUCAUAAACAUUCGUAGUGUUCAUUUUAUAUCCAAGUAUAAAUAUAUAUUUUUGUAUUAAACAUUUCAGUUGUUUAUUGAAGAUAGUCUAAGAAAAAGAUCUGAUUUUUAACGAUGUUAAUGCCAAAUGGUUGUAAUUGAUGGAUAAUUAAAGAAUUUAAAAAUUUAAUGUAAUGAAAAUAAUUAUUAAUUUGCUUAUGAAAAUUGUAAAGUGAAUAUUUACAAUCGACAAUAGUGUUUACUAGCUCAAUUUUAGGUUAAAAUUUCCAAAUGGAUACUUUAUAAAUAUUGUAUGUUUUUGAAAUUCAGUUCUAAAUUUGCUUUUCAUGUAUAAAACUGAUAAUAAAAAUUGUUUAUUUUAA